UUCAUUAUGCCCAAGAUGUCGCUGACCGAUAAGGCCGUCAUGGCGACGCUGGCUGUAUCUGGCGUGGGCGUCGCGAUGAGCGCUGCCGUCGUGCGUCUGCGCGAAGCGCGCGACUGGGAGGCAACGGAGGAGAAGGAGGAGUCGACCGUGUCCACCGCCACCUGCGAUCAGCUGUGGGUCAAGGUGCGCCACCUGUUGGGGGGGAAGAGCGAGCUGCUCGAUGCGUGGGCCGAUCACUACGUGGGCAGCAGGAACAUACUGGAGAAGAGCUUCAGGAUUUUCGGACAGAUGUUUGUGGCACCGGUCGCUUUGGUGGUCUUAGACGCUUUGUAUGAACGGUAUUUCGACGGGCAGAUGCCGUGCCUCAAGGCUCUUGCGUUUCGGUAGGAAGGCAGAUGCGUUCAAUUGCGCGCAGGAUCAGCUCGUGUGGUGGAGAGGAACUGCACGCGAUGGGUCCCGCAGCGUGAGGAUCCUCUCCAACAUAUGUGUGUCUCCAUCACACGACGUGUGCCGUGAUCUGGUCCAGGCCUCUUACGGUAUGUUCGCAAUGAGCACUCUAUAAGAGGCCGUGUGAUACUGAAGUCUAAAAGUUGUGUUGGUGCGCUUGUGGAUUGACCAGAGGUCUCUGGAUGCCUGAUAGGGAUUGAUGAGCAGGAUGGUGAUUCAUCCUCUUGCGGACAUUAAUAAAACCCCUCUCAAAAUUUCUA